CAUCUAGUGGAAAUUAUGCUUGAUGGCGUAUAAGUCGUUUUAUAGACCACAUCCAUGAUAUUCUUCCUCCAUACAUACGCGUACCGUUGCUUUGAUGAACAGGUUUAAAACAAAAAGAAAUACGAAAUGUUGCUUCUAUUGUGUAAUGGUUUCGGGAAAAUUUUCAACCAAAGAAAAUAUUUGUGACAUAUGAUAUAUGAUAUAAGACUAACUUUAAAUCAUGUUUUGUUCGUUUUGCCUAAAAAUGAGACCACUGAGUCACUUAAAGGUUGCUGAGAAGUUAUACUUCUCAUCAGUUUGUACAAAGUUGGCUCCAGCAAGUUUCAAACCACUCCACACAUUUCUGGCCAUUCACACCAACCUGCCUCCCCAGACAGCAACCAGAAACCUUUCAUAUUCACAUACAAUGUUAAACACUGACACUAAGAAUGAAAAUAGCAAGGAAAAGUCAGCUGAAGAACCAGUAGAAACACCACAACCAAUGCCGAUGGGCAAAAGACUUUUGAUAGUUGCUUCCAUCUUGCUUGCUUGGGGUGGAAUUUAUUAUUUAGCAACUACGCAAAAGAAAAAGAACCGUCUAAUGGAAAGGGAAACACAGUUAAGUAAAGUUGACAUUGGAGCUGAAGAUUAUAAUCUAAUUGAUCACAACGGAAAACCUGUCACCAAAAAAGAUUUCCUUGGCAAGUGGCUUCUCCUUUAUUUUGGAUUCACCCACUGUCCUGAUAUCUGUCCUGAGGAACUUGAGAAAAUGGCCGACAUUAUCGACCUUGUGGGUUGACCACACGAUUGUCAUGUAUCUUAUGAACCCUAAGGGAAACUUUGUGGACUACUACGGCUCGCGAUCGGUUGCUAUACAAGACAUUUAUAACGGCAUAAAAAGAAAUAUGGAAAACUAUGAGCGACUACACGCAUGAAACCGUUCGAUCCAAACUAGCUUUUAGUCAUAUACCCAUAGCGCUUGUAGUUAAAUCGCAGUAAUAAACUAAUUCCCGUCUACAA